CAACUAGCAAGAUGGAGAUACGGGAAAGAAUUCUGAGCUUUGCCGACGUUGUAAUGAGAGUGCCACCUCUAUUCAUCAUCGACGAGUUACUUAGAAUCGGCCUUGGUUUACCCAACGACAAUAUUGUGCUGAAAAGUACCGAGCAUGAUUUCAAAACUAGCAACAAUUUGUCGAGCAUCGCCAGCUCCAUCUCCGCAGCUACGACAGACUGGUUGCUGGUGGAACAGUUUGAUUUCAUUCCGCUCACUUACAAUAAUCUGAUACUCUUGUUGAAGUUUCUCUUCUGUUGCACAGGUUUUUUCGCAGCCUUGUACACAUUCAUGCUAUGCACUAGACAUUUGAUCAUCGUAUACCUAUAUCUGAUAUCUGUAGUAGUGAUACUCUUGUCCUACUGGUCAAAUGUCAGUGUGAUGAAAGCGAUUAUAGCUUACACGAACGCUCACGGAUCAACGAGCAGCAUACUCGACAAUAUAUUAUGCCUGAAUCUAUCGGACGUUCUCUACAACGGCCCAGGCUUUCUAAUAAUGAAAAACUAUGUGCUGCAGUGCGUGCUAGCCAGCGUCUUUUGUUACAUUCAUCUUGCCCCGCGGCAUCCCGUACUCCAAAAGCUUCUCGUGCUGAGCUUCAUGUCACCGUCCAUCUUGGGUAUCUAUCUUUUACCGGCGCAAUAUCUCCACCAGGCGCCAGUGUGCGCAACGUUAAUCCCGCUGGCUCUAUGUAAAUUUGUCAUCUGGUACAACGGCGUCUCCAUGUUGAGAACAAUCUACAUGGGCUAUCGGCACGCGCGCAACUUUAUCAGCAAUUACGGCUUGUCCGCGCUCGCGGAGACUGAAUGGAUGCGUCUCAAUGUCCCAUGCGUACUUCGGGCCUUUUGGAUGCUGCGAGUGGCAGAGCAAGUGGUGGAAAUGCUCGGGAGUCACUACGGCGAGGAGACGUUUAGUUAUUACGUCAUGGUCAGAACGCUGCUGGUUAAUGGGUGCGAAACGUUGACAGCUGUUCUCGGUAUGACCAGCAUAAUCUCCUUCAUCUGCCACUACAUCGGCUGCUUCUUCCAAUGGAUACUACUGACGGAGGACGAGGAUGAGAAGAGUAUCGGCACGGUGUCGGCGAUAUUGUUCUACAUCCUUGCCCUACAGACCGGGCUGACGAGUCUCGACCGAGAGAAGCGUCUGGUACGACUGUAUCGUAACUUUUGCCUAUUGUUCACGGCAAUUUUACACUUUGUCCACAAUAUCGUGAAUCCACUCCUCAUGUCACUCAGCGCCUCUCACAAUCCGGCACUACACAGGCAUCUGCGCGCUUUGGCGGUCUGUGCUUUUCUAAUAUUCUUCCCCGUAUCCUUACUCGUGUUCCUCUGGUCCCACUUUACAGUGAGCACCUGGCUACUCGCUGUGUCGGUCUUUAGUGUCGAGGUGAUAGUCAAAGUACUGGUCUCGCUAGCAAUCUACUCGCUCUUUCUCAUCGACGCCUACAGGAGCGUCUUCUGGGAACAAUUUGACGAUUGCGUCUACAUAAUAAGGUCCUUCGGCAAUACGGUGGAAUUCGCUUUUGGCAUUAUAUUAUUCUUCAACGGUUUCUGGAUAUUGAUCUUUGAGUCUGGCGGAGCUAUCCGCGCCAUCAUGAUGUGCAUACACGCCUACUUUAACAUCUGGUGCGAAGCGAAGGCUGGCUGGAGCGUCUUUAUGAAACGAUGGACCGCUGUCAACAAGAUCAAUUCCUUGCCGGAGGCGAAAGCCGAACAACUCCAACGAUUGGACGACGUUUGCGCGAUUUGCUAUCAGGAGAUGCAAAGCGCCAAGAUCACCCAAUGCAAUCAUUAUUUCCACGGUGUAUGCUUGCGUAAAUGGUUGUACGUUCAAGACCGAUGUCCUCUUUGCCACGAUAUAUUGUAUAAAGUUGAAAACGUGCAAAACGGAGAAUACGCUGGCGGCGCCACCGAAGAAGAAGACGAAGAAGAAGAAGAAAACGACCUCGGAGAUGGCGCGAUUGUGCAAACUAGACGGAAUUCGAAUGUACAAUCUCGUAUGAAUAAUCGGGGACAGUUGCACGAGCGUUCGGACGAGGGCAGGUGAAGACAAAGACACAGGCUUUUCACGCGCAUCUUGUGAUAUAUUUUACAUCAAAUCUUCCCUUCUUCUUUUUUUUCAUAUCAUCAACUUUGACGAUGGAAUCUCGCUCGGCUUUCUUUACCACUCCAACCUGAUCGCCAAGUAAUACUACACGUUAAAUUGUAUCGCGAGUCUUUCCACUCGAGUCUUUCUUGUAAAUAACUUGUGACAAUAUCUUAACUCUUGUCGUUAGAGGAGAAUUAUACGAAAGUACGAAGGUAUAGUUUCCAAACUUUGGCUCUUUGCCGAUUCGAUAGAUGUCUAAAUAUAUUUUUGGAUCGUUGUUACGCUAUCAUCAUUAUACAUACAAUGACGUCAUGCUGCGCGCUUCCAUUUUUCAAUCGCAUAAUUUCCUAUUUUAGACAAAAUCACGACGUCUCACUCGAUACUUAUCUUUAUUUCAAGUGUCAAGGCUGAUAUGUCGUCGAGUAUACGUAAGCAUAAAGAAGACUGGAGCGAAUUAUACAUGUAUAUCCUUUUCAACUUGCGCGCGAGUAACAUUUCUGCUAAAUUCACUGUAAUUAGAAAUAAUGACACGAUGUAUAUGAGAUGAUGUAAUAAUAAUGUCGAGAGAGAAUACAAAGUGAUUUCACUAA